UCAUACUGGGACAGUGGACCCAUCAUCAGAUAAAGAAGAAAUUAAUGCAGGCUUUGCGGCAUUCGUCGUAUGACGUACGGCACGCAACCAGGCAAACAUGGCGAGCGAGGCCACCCCUCCUCUCUACAAAGUCAAAAUCUCCACAUUCCAUCUCAUUCUGCCACGCGGGGAUUUUCGUAUUUUGUAUAUAUUGGUAGUAGGUCGUAUUUGCAGGGACCUUCUUUCUCACUUUCCGGCUGUAAAGGCAGAGAAUAGGGAGAGAGAGCAGAGCCUUCGGAGUCCUUCACCAGUCCUACCCCAAGUCCCAAUCCUGUUCUCUGUUGUCCCUUUAUCUUUGGUUCUUUAGUUAUACGAUGGAGGAGAUUAAUGGAAACCGUGAGCCAUCUUAUUCCUCUGUCAACCGAGAGGAUGAGCAUGAGGUGACAGUGAUCCAGGGGAAACCAUCUUCGAUGCUGAAAACCAUAACCGCAUUCGCCUUAUGGUUGGGAUCGUUUCAUUUGAAUGUGGCUCUAGUCUUGAUGGCCCUCCUAUUCCUCUCUAAGUGUCUGGGUUUCACGGUUUUUGCGCUUCUUCUAUUGUUAAUGCUGAUUCCGAUUGACGAGAAGAGCAAAACAGGGCGAAGAUUGGCCAGGUUUAUCUGUAAGCACGUCUGUGGUUAUUUUCCGUUGAUUCUUUAUGUGGAGGACAUUGAGGCAUUUGACCCGAACGAAGCUUAUGUUUUUGGUUAUGAACCACAUUCAGUAUUACCAAUUGCCGUUGUUUCUCUUGCUGAUCUUACGGGUUUCAUGCCUCUACCGAAAAUCAGAGUCCUUGCUAGCACUGCUGUUUUCUAUACACCUUUCCUGAGGCAUAUAUGGACAUGGCUGGGGCUUACACCUGCAACUAGGAAGAAUUUUACGUCUCUCUUGGAAGCUGGUUAUAGUUGCAUUGUAGUGCCAGGUGGGGUGCAGGAGACAUUUCUAAUGGAACAUGGCUCUGAGAUUGCCUUCCUCAAGAAAAGAAAAGGAUUUGUCCGCAUAGCUAUGGAGACAGGCCGACCUCUGGUUCCAGUUUUCUGCUUUGGUCAGACAAACGUUUACAAGUGGUGGAAGCCCAGUGGGAAGUUGAUCCUGCAACUGGCUAGAGCUAUCAAGUUCACUCCAAUUGUCUUCUGGGGUGUUUUUGGAACACCUGUGCCAUAUCAACAACCCAUGCAUGUCGUGGUGGGUAGACCGAUUGAGCUGAAGAGAAAUCCAGAACCUACAGUUGAAGAGGUCAAUGAAAUUCACAGCAAGUUUGUUGAAGCCAUGCAAGAGCUGUUUGAAAAGCACAAAGCUAGGGUUGGUCAAGCUGAUCUCCAGUUGAGAAUUCUUUGAUAAAAGCCUCUCUGUUUCCACCUUCAAUUUCAUACAUGUAUAUUGUCAUCUGCUUGUAUUUGUAUAUAACUUUAACCGAUAAAACCUCCCCCUAGGGCAUGGGAAGUUCUGAUUAAUAUCUGUUUAUACGCCUUGCGCCACCAACUUAAGGCCCCAACUAGAAAAAAAUUCAGUCAGAAAAAAUGAAAAGAAUGGGACAGUCGGAUUUACUACUGGUACAGCUCUUUCAGAAGGGUUACGGUCGUGCUUGCAAGACUUUUUGAAUUUGAUCAAAUUCUAUUGAGUCUGACUCAAUAGUGAUAGUUUAUCAAAGAAUGACUCUGGUUAACAAAUGAUUGAACAACCGGGAUCCAUUUACUUAUGAUAUUUGUAGUAAGCUUUCAGAUAUCAAAACCACAAAGCCAGCUGUCAUGUCGAAUCGCGCCUUCAAAUGUGGAUGCAGGAGCGAGAAUCAGUCAGGUAGUGAGAAUGACAAUUGGAGGUUUGUUUUUGGCAUGCUGAAGGUCCAGGGUUUCAGAGAUCUGUGCAUCAAGUAAGAGAUUCUGGACGCAAUCAAGAACUCUAUGCUGGACUUGUCAGUUUGUCUGGCCUCAAUAGAUGCCAUGGUAGGCAUCUGGUGCUUUCAGAUGUCGAUGAAUAAUCUGAUCUGGAACGGGCAUGAAAUCAGAUUUUUUUUUUUUUCCUUUAGAAUACAAGCGGGAAUAACAUCGAAUCAGCAGAAUUGGCCAUUUCUAAUUGAAUCAAUCAACCUCAAUUAAGUAUGUUUGAUUCUUAAAACUUUGCUUUGGAUUUGUUUUGGAUCAGUUAUGAAUGCACACAGUCCUUUCCAUUUAGUCA